UAAAUUCAGGACAUAUGUGUAACAAUCUGUACAAUAUCAGUAUCAGUAAAGUAUGCGUCGACAGUGCGAGUGCGCGUUCGCAUAGAAGAGCAUCCAUGACAUCGUAGUAAUAACAGCCACCUGUCGAUCCGACCGUAUUCCGAUGGCUAGACAGUAGUUAAAAGUAGGCUUCUCAUUGAACAAAACAUGUUAAAAGUAUUACAUGCACUCAUCGUUACUCAAUAAUAUUACGAUCAAUAGUUAUAAGAUCAUAUGAUAAUACCGAAACAUUUUAAAUUUCUAAUUCGUUACUGAAAAAAAAUAUAUGAAAAACUUCUUAUUUAAAAACAUGUUAAAAAGUGAAUGAAUUUUUUAUUACAUACAAGAAAUCAUUAAAAUAAAGUAGUGAAAAAAAUACUGGCUUAGUCAUCGCUUUAAAUAUUUUUUGAUAUCAAAUACAGUUCAUUUACUCACAGGAAACUGACUGGUAUAACAUUUUUCAUCUGUUGAUCACUCGAUUUAAUUUAAAUGGAAUGCUAAUUUUCACUCGAAAAUGGAAUCCCAAUAUCUUUCGAAUAACUUGAGGAGUAAAACUACUAAGUGGGUCUGUCCAAGUGAUCGUCAGUUGGCGCUGCGGGGAAAAUUAAAAACUGGAUGGUCAGUGAAAAGUGUAAUUCUAGAUGGUGGAUAUAACGAUCAUACGUUACAUUCAUCCUGUUCUAGAAGUCUUUCUUCACUUAAUAAUGUAUCUCAAAGCUCAAUCGGCUUGACAUCUGAGGAACAAAAACGAAUAAUUGAGGUUAUUAAGCGGGCAGAAGUCUUAGAUCUCUCUGAACAAGAACGAGUUGGUAAACUAGUUGAACGCCUGGAUAAUAUGAAACGCAAUGUUUCAAUAGUUGCCUCAAGAUCAAACAAUAAAAGUUGUGGAAACAGGUGUAUCCGCGACAACAGAUGUGUUUGUUCUUGUGCUUUAUGCAGUGAAAAAUUUUCCGUUCUUGGAGCUGGAUCGGUUUUGUGUAAAGAUUGUUGCAAAUACGUUUGUAAAAAAUGUGGUGUCGAAACUACAACGAUAUCAGCAUUAGUAUUAACAAAUGAAUCACGAAUGAAGUACAAGAAACCAAUCGCUGCUUCUUCAACACCCAAUAUUUCAUUAGCUAAAACUUUCAAUGAUGAUGAGCCAAUAAAAAUAUCCACUAAAAUUUUUCUAUGUCGUAUUUGUACUGAGACACGCGAAAUGUGGAAAAAAAGUGGCGCUUGGUUCUUUAAAAGUUUACCCAAAUAUAUUUUACCGGAGAAAAAGAAAAUUAAAAAGGAGCCUGAAAACGUCAACUGUGGGCUAAGUACUUCUUCAGAACCAAUUGAACAAGAUUCGUCCUCUGACGAUGAUGUUACCCCAAUUUCAACUAAAACUCAUUCAUUUCUUUCGCGCAGUUUGUCUUCAAGUCUCACUGGGUUUCCUCAAAAACAAAAUGUCGAUAUUAAAGCAGAAGUUGAAAUCGAGCAUGAUACCGAAACAGUUACUGAGAUUAAUGAGAUGAAAAACUAAUGAUAGAAAAGUUGUAAGGGACAAUAAGAAAAUGAGUGAUUGGAUUGUUACUUAAUUUUUAAUUAAUUUCACAGAAAUCAAUCAAACGAAGUUAGAAAUCUAAGGUAUGUAAUCGCCAAACAUAUAUAUAAGCGUUCAACACUUUCGUGCCGAGUGAAUUAUUCGAGCCUAUGCGAUAUUCCAUUCAAUUGUACGGUAGCAUUUUUAAAGUAAAUAAAUAAUGCUGUUAAGUGGGGAAGUAUGUGCUCAUGCGCACACAAAUACGGGAAU